GCUAGCGUUAAUCCUCCAUCAUACGCACUCGAUAGAAUUCGUUUCUUACAGCCAUUUCUGGGGUUCCGGCAUCAAUGGCGUCCGAAGAUGCUGCCGGAAAGACCAGUCAUGAGGCUGCUGUUUCCACGACCGUCAAUAUCGCCGGCGAAGCAAAGCUUGCCGUUGAAGGUGUGAAACCUCCUACUCACGCGCUUAUCAGCAUCUGCAAGUCUCUCGUCGCCGGUGGAAUCGCUGGUGGAGUGUCACGAACAGCUGUGGCUCCUCUGGAAAGAUUAAAGAUUCUGCUGCAGGUUCAAAAUCGUCACGAUAUAAAAUACAACGGAACAAUUCAAGGGUUAAAAUAUAUAUGGAGAACUGAAGGUUUAAGAGGAAUGUUUAAAGGAAACGGAACUAAUUGUGCUCGUAUUGUCCCAAAUUCAGCAGUGAAGUUCUUUAGCUAUGAGGAAGCAUCUAAGGGUAUUUUAUGGCUCUACCAGCAGCAACCUGGAAAUGAAGAAGCUCAGCUUACUCCUCUUCUGCGUCUUGGAGCUGGUGCAUGUGCGGGAAUCAUUGCCAUGUCUGCAACUUAUCCUAUGGACCUGGUACGAGGACGGCUAACUGUCCAGACAGAAGGAUCUCCUUCCCAGUACAGAGGAAUUUUUCAUGCUCUUUCAACAGUCUUCCGGGAAGAAGGCCCGCGAGCUUUGUAUAAAGGAUGGCUGCCUUCAGUCAUAGGAGUUAUACCGUAUGUGGGUCUUAAUUUUUCUGUGUAUGAAUCUCUCAAAGACUGGUUGAUUCGAUCUAAACCAUUUGGAAUAGCUCAAGAUUCUGAGCUAAGUGUGACCACAAGGCUUGCAUGUGGGGCUGCUGCUGGAACUGUUGGCCAGACAGUGGCAUACCCUCUUGAUGUCAUUCGCCGAAGAAUGCAGAUGGUGGGUUGGAAAGAUGCUGCUUCAGUUGUUGCUGGUGAAGGGAAGAGCAAAGCUGAGUAUACUGGCAUGGUUGAUGCAUUCAGGAAAACUGUGCAGCAUGAGGGAUUGGGUGCAUUAUACAAGGGCUUAGUGCCCAAUUCGGUUAAGGUGGUCCCUUCUAUAGCUAUUGCUUUCGUGACAUACGAGAUGGUUAAGGACAUUCUUGGAGUUGAAGUGAGAAUAUCUGACUGAAGAAUUAGCAAUUCGUUAGGCAUUUGUCGGCAUUUGCCAGAAGUGAUAGUAGUAGACAGUAAUUAGUUACUUCAUUUUCAGUAAAUGAAAUUUGAAGAUUUAAUUGUAGAAAACCAGUUGUAUGUCCUAU